AAAAUCAAGAACAAGACAAGAAAGCCAUCUUCACUCAACUUAUAUACCACAAUUUUAAGCAUAAAUAAGCACACACAGACAAGAGGAGUGUUUUACAUAAAAAGAACAGAGCUUUCUCUGCACAACAACUCCAUAGUUAUGGCCACUCACUUGUACACCUCUUAUUCUCCAAUUGCCACUAGGACCAUCUCCUCCAACACCAACAACAGCAACAAGGUUCUUUCUCUUCCUUUACAGCAUAGGCAUGCUAAAUCAAUUGCCUCAUCAUCUCUUUCUCUUAGACCAACCACCAGACUUUCCAUAUCAGCAGCUGUUGGAACCACUGCUGUGCAAGUCGAUGGACCCACCACAUCUAGUAAAGGACCAAAAUCUUUGCCUUUUAGAGUGGGUCAUGGCUUCGAUCUCCAUCGGUUAGAGCCUGGGUACCCUUUGAUUAUCGGUGGGAUUAAUAUCCCGCAUGAAAGAGGCUGUGAGGCUCACUCUGAUGGAGAUGUGCUGUUGCACUGUGUUGUGGAUGCAAUAUUGGGUGCAUUGGGGCUGCCUGAUAUUGGGCAGAUAUUCCCAGAUAAUGAUCCAAAGUGGAAGGGAGCUCCGUCGUCUGUUUUCAUUAAAGAAGCUGUAAGACUCAUGCAUGAGGCUGGCUAUGAUAUUGGAAACUUGGAUGCCACCUUGAUUCUUCAAAGACCAAAAUUGAGCCCCCACAAGGAGGCGAUCAGAGAGAAUCUGUGUCAGCUGCUUGGAGCAGAUCCUUCUGUUAUAAAUCUGAAAGCAAAAACUCAUGAGAAGGUUGACAGCUUAGGUGAAAACAGAAGUAUUGCAGCUCACACAGUGGUUCUUCUCAUGAAGAAGUAAAGGAGACCUUAGAAACCCAAAACAUUUCGAAUGUACUCGUUGUACUCCAUUAGCAUUGUUGUCACUGUUUCAGAGAUGAACAUGGGUCUUUUGACAAUCCAUUUUACACUAUAACAGUUAAAGUUAAUUUCUUUC